GUCUCGGCCGCGCCGCUCGCCAAGCGCGACUACAGCGGCCGGGCCACGUACUACGCCGUCGGCCUCGGCGCCUGCGGCGGCACCAACUCCGACUCGGAGAUGGUCGUCGCGCUCAACACGGCACAGUACGGCAACACGGGUGUGCGCAGCAGCUGGUGCGGCAAGCGCAUCACCAUCUCCAACGGCGGCAACACGCAGACGGCCACCGUCGUCGAUGCGUGCCCGACGUGCAGCUACGGCUCGCUCGACAUGAGCCCGGCGCUCUUCAGCGCCCUCACCAACGGCAACAUGGGCCUCGGCGUCUUCCAGAUGUCGUGG